AUAGCCCAAACUGCAGAGGGCCAAACACCCCGCCAGCAUGACUCCUGAACCACAGCAGCUGCACCAGGUUUGGAGCUGGCCCAGCAUCUUUUUUCAGAAAUGAUGUGAAAGGCAGUUUCUAUUUAUUGAAGUUUUUGGUGGGUGUUUUCACAAGCUCAAAAUUUUUUGUGGAGGAACUAAGAAUUACAGAAACAAAGCUUGCCUUCUUCAUAGGGGGUAGUGUUUGGUAUGUGUUGUGUUGGGUGUCUUUUUUUUUUUAUUAAACUGGGACUGAGGCUAACAAAAGGGAAGAAUAAAACUGUAUCAUCUCUUGGUUAGAGGGGACUUCUUUCCUUUUUUGGAAAUUUUUUUUUUUGCAUAGGGGGAGAGAUGGCAUUUGGGGACUGGAAGGAGGAAGGCGAGUCCUGUACAUGAGCUGAUGUUGUCAUUGGCAAAGUAGUACAUGAGGGCAAUGCACAGACAAGCGAAUACAGGAGAAAUUAAUGAGAUGAAUCAUUAUCAUUGACAUCGUGCUAUGGUUCCUUAGAGCUCUUCAACUGCGGACAGAAGCGGUGUCCUGUACCUGAGACCUGCGCAGCCCUUUGGCUCACACCGCAUGCUGCCGGUAGUGUUUUGCUGUUAAGACCAUCAGGGCAGAAGCUCUUCUCCCUUCUUCUCUUAAUUCUGGAGGGCUGCUUGAAGAAAGCUGUUUGGCUUCAUUCAUUUCUUCCAUUUUUAUCUUCUGUCUUUGGGUGUGAAAUAUUUCUUGUGGCUGGAUUCAAGCCAAGAGCCUCUACGUAUCGCCCACAGUUGCCAAGCCUGGCAUCCCUGCUGACCUGCAGGGCAGAGGGAGAGGUAGAGGCAGGAGGGAUUGCAUCUCAGCAGGGGAACGUGCAGCCCUCAACGCAGAGCGUACUCCAGACUCUAGAGGUGGAGAAUAUUAACAUGAACCCACAGGAACGAAGAAGGGAGCAUUUUUGUAUGGUGGUGGUGUUUGCGUAAGCUUUUACUGUCAUAAGUAGAUGAGGGUUGGGGGGAUAGAUUCAAUAUGGAAAAUAUGGAAUUAAUUUCCAGGCUUCCAAGACAGUACUAUAGAUGGGGCUGAAGAAGAAAUGUGGUGUUAAAAGAUAAGGAAAUAUGCCUUGAAAGUGGCCUUUCAAAGAUCAACUUUAUUAUUCUUGGUGUCUGAGGCACCCAGUUUUAAUGAAGUAUAAAGCAGAAGGGGUUGGGAGGAUUUUGGUCCAAGUGAAAACAGAAUGAGCGUGGGACUGGCAGAUGGGAGGAAUGUUAGCCUAGUCCUUGGUGGAGUUACUGCUUCUUUCUCCUGUUGUUGCCUACAGAGGGACUUGACAGAAGAUAUUUGGUGGGGAGGGGAGUGCAGCCCUCCUGUUCUGCUUGAAUGUCACUGGCUCUUUUUCUCCAUGGGGAAACAGAGGUCCAGCACUCCAGUCCGUCACAUCCUGAGUGUUUGUAUCCAGUGUAAAUCUAAAGGAAGUCCAUCAACUUCAAUAAAAUCUGCGAUAAGCUACAAUUGGCUUUUUCUGGACAGAGAGGAAAAAUGAACGCUGUAACUUCAGGACAUCUGGGAGGAUGACUGUUGUCUCAGCCAUCACCGUAGACAGAGCAAAACAUACAUUUCUCCAGAUGCAAUUUGGUGCACUGAAUUCAAACAACUUGUGACUGGAACAGUUCGAGUCACCAGCGCGAACAUGGUUAUCGGAAGAAACAGAUAAACUAAGAAAAGAGUCUUGCGUACUCUAGUGUUUAUGUUUGUGUAGGUUCCUCCUCAGUGCUUCUGAGGCAGCUUGGGACAUUUCCGUGGCUAGACAAGGCUGAAGGCAGCGGGAGUUAAGAAACGCUCUUGUGAAGUGUCGAGAGGAUUUACAGAUCAAACUAAAGCCCACUGAAGUCAGCUUGCCCUUGAAUGUACUGAAGCAUAUGAAAGACCCCUGUGUGGAUUGAAUGUCCCUUAGGGAGAACCCAGCAGUACAAAGAAGCACCAGAUCCAUAUUUGUUGCUCUCUCUGUGUCUGCAGAUUUAGCACACUGGAAGCAUGGCUACAAGUGCCGUUCCCAGCGAAAACCUCCCCACGUACAAGCUGGUGGUGGUUGGAGACGGUGGCGUGGGGAAGAGCGCUCUCACCAUUCAGUUUUUCCAGAAGAUUUUUGUGCCAGACUAUGACCCAACUAUUGAAGACUCCUAUCUGAAGCACACAGAAAUAGAUGGGCAAUGGGCAAUUCUUGAUGUGCUGGAUACUGCGGGCCAAGAGGAGUUCAGCGCAAUGCGGGAGCAGUACAUGAGGACCGGAGAUGGUUUUCUUAUAGUCUACUCAGUGACAGACAAGGCUAGCUUCGAGCACGUGGACCGGUUCCACCAGCUGAUCCUCAGAGUCAAGGACAGAGAGUCCUUUCCAAUGAUUUUGGUGGCAAACAAAGUUGAUCUAAUGCAUUUACGGAAAAUUACAAGAGAACAGGGAAGAGAAAUGGCAACAAAACAUAAUAUUCCCUACAUAGAGACUAGUGCCAAGGACCCACCAUUGAAUGUUGACAAGGCUUUCCAUGAUCUCGUGAGGGUAAUAAGGCAGCAGAUCCCAGAGAAAAGCCAGAAGAAGAAGAAGAAGACCAAAUGGCGAGGGGACAGAGCCACAGGCUCCCACAAACUCCAGUGCGUGAUUUUGUGAUGGGACUGCCUGGGAGUGUCUUGGAUGCCUCCCUCCUCCCCACUUGACCCACCGCCAACCCAGGCGAGGAGCAGCAGCGCGAAACCCGCACGGCGAUGCCUGCACGGCCCCACUGCCCCCCCAAGCUCCCCAUGGCAUCUCGGGCUUGGAGGAGGCGGCUCGACGGGGUCCGGACCCCCCUGGAGGGUGGCUUCGUGUCAGGGCCAGCGUGGGAGCCGUGCGAAUGGGAGGCGGAAGGGAUCAGCAGGACCUCAACUUUCAAACAUCCCCAGCACCUUCCAGGGGCCUCCAUGAUGUUUAUUUAAAAAAAAAAAAAAAAGGAAAAAAAAAAAAAGGGAAGAAGAAAAAAAAAGUGUUGGUUUUAUCUGCAAACAUAUUUCUCCUUGUGACUCGUUUCUGAACAGCCAUGAAUAGCCCCGCUGUUGGUACAGCCGUCUGUGUAUGUGUGGGGGAAGGGAAGGGAAAGGACUUUUCUUUUCUUUCUCCUUUUUUUUUUUUUUUUUUUUUUUUUUUUUUUGUCCUCCUCUCUCUUCUCCUUUUUCGUUGUUUGCUCAGCGAGUGUUGGGUUGCAAAGAAACACGGCUGGGGUUAGAUGUUUUGCACUGAACUCUCUCUUAGGCGGCAGUGCCAAAACACGACUUCAUAUGAAAGUGCAUAGAUUUGGAGGAAGAAAAUUAAUUCCAGCUGCUCUGGGUGCUCCAGACAUUGUGUCAGACUCUGGAGGGCAGCCAGCUCACAGACCAUAAACUCCAGCUUAGGAAAGGAGGUUUGGGCUUGGAUUAUUUUUUUUUUCGUACCCUUUGUCAAGAGGUUUUGUUUCUGGUUUGUAAUUUGGGGCAUGUCAAAGUUAAGACAUUUUGUUAACCUGGAAGUAUUUAAAUUAAAGUAAUUUACAAAUGGAA